CCGAACUCUGCGUCCCUGCCUUUGCCUCCCGGCUCAGUUAGUGUGACGUCAUCAGGCUGGUGGCCUAUCGCGGCAGGCCUGGCAGGAAGCAGCCACCGGGAAGAUUGAGCCCGCCGGGCGGUUGACAUAGAAUCGUAAAUCACAUAGCGGCUGGAGGAGCAAUGGAGGAUGAAGAAGAGGUUGAAGAAUCUAAAGCAAAGGUGAAGGAGGUGAAGAUGUCAACCAUCGUUAUGACGCUCUUCCCGACGGCCGUCACCGAAGAGAAGCUGCAGGAAUCCAAGGAAAAAGCCAUCACUCGGAUUUUUGGCCCCGCGAAGACUUUGCUGAAGGUUAAAAACCCCCAGCGAGCGGGAGAUUAUGAAAGCAUCCUGAACAGGAAAAUCGAUGAGCAUUGCCAAGAAGGUCAUCUCUACUUCUCCCAAGGGGAAUGGGAAAAAGCCAUCACUUGCUACACCAAGGCUCUGAAUCUGGAUCCCAACAAGGAAGAACUUUAUGAGAAGAAAGCGGAAGCCUUUCUCCAGCUUUGCGACUUCCAGUCUGCUGCCAUGCACCUUCGGAAGGUCUACCGUAUGUCGCCGAAGGAGGAGAUCCGAGAACACCUGGCCUUCAUUAUAUUCAUACAGGGCCAGUCUCUGUAUGAGCAGAAGGUUUACCUCGAUGCCCUCGACUCCUUCACUCACGCCUGUGAGCUCCAGCCUCAGAACACGCUCUACCGCAUGAGGAGCAUCGCCUGCCUGGCUGCGAUGACGCGAUUCAACGAUUGCCUUCAGAUGGUCAACCAGGAGGUGGAAAUGGAGAAGGAGAACGCCGACCUCUUCGUCCUGAGGGCUCGUCUCUUUGAACACUUUGGGAAGGCCAGCUGCUGUUUCUGCAACAUCCAGGAGGCCCUGGCGUUGGAUCCAGACCACGUGGAAGCCCGGCUUCUCUUGAAGAAGAUGACCAAGGAGGCGGAGAGGUCCAAAGACUCCGCUGUCGCCUUGGCCAUCAAAGGCAACCUGAAGGGAGCCUUGCUGAAGAUCAACCGAGCCAUCAACUACAACCCCUUGGAUGAAAAGUACUUCCUCUUCAGAGGCACCCUCCUGCGCCGGCUGAAGGAUUUCAGCGCGGCCAUCGACGACUACCUGAAGGCCGUCGAGCUGUGCCCGGGCGUUGAGGCCAGCGAGGUGCGUCGCGAGGCUGAGAAGCAGGUGCUCCUGACCUACAACGACUUUGCUGUCCACUGUUACUUCAAGGGCUGCUACGAGGAAGCGGUGUUGCUACUCAACAAGGCGAUCAAAGGGGAGAAGAACGAGUUCGGCCUCUACAUCAACCGAGGAGACUGUUUUCUGAAACUGGGCCAGCUGAAUUUUGCCAAGGCGGAUUACCAGCAAGCUUUAGAGCUGCGUCCUUUAGACCCCAAACUCCGGCAUCGCAUCGCUUGGCUCUCCAACGAGACCGGAUUGCAAGACUUCCGCGAAAAGCAAUACUUGCUGGCUGAAACGCAUUUCUCUUCUGCUGUGGACAACGAUCCAUGGGAAGUGAAGUAUUAUCUGAACAGGGCCAAGACUCGCGUGUUUCUGCAGGAGUUCCUGGGAGCUAAAGAAGAUAUGAUCAGCGCCCUCUUGCUGAACCCCAACAAGGAAGAGGUUCGGAGCUUGAUGGCCAGCCUCUUUCCUGGAGAGAGCGCAGAAUCCCUCCUCGGCAGCAAAGUUGGGGAUCUUACCAAAACACUCCUGGAUCGAAAACUGAAGUCUUUUCCCGGGGGGAAAGCCUUGCAGAGGCCUCUGAAGUCCGCAGGAUCCGAACCCCCAACCAAUGAGUAUGUUCAGAUUGUGAACCAGCAGGCCGAGACGUCGGUGGCCAAGGAGGAGGAGGUUUGUGAAGAAAAAAAGCUGCAAAAGAGACUGGCUGAAUGUCAGCAAAGCUCACACCAGGCAAACGAAGAGCUGAACGAAACCCGUCAAAACAAGCCAACUCUGGAAUCCAAAACCAUCUGGGUAGAGCCCUGCUCUCGUCUGCCUCCCAAGGAGUGCCCCAAGGAACCGUACUGCUGGAUGAAAUCCUAAGAAGGCGUCGGUCAGUUUUAGGCCUGUCCAAAGCAUUGCCUGGGGAUCGAACUCCCCCCCCCCUUGCUUUUUCUCCCAAAAAUAUCCUGAAUUUCUAGGGAAUCAAGCGAACAGGUUUCUCUAGUCAAAUGCCUUGUUGGCUUAACACCACCCAAACAAUCUGGAUUCACCACGAAAAGAUUUAGGAUCCCUUGGCCUGAUUUUGCUCGGCUAAGAGAUUUCGUUUUUUUGUAACCAAGAGCCCGAAAUCUUGGAAAGGGAGUGUGAUGCCAUCCCUCCUUCCUUUCAAGGCCCUGAGUGACUUGUGGUUCACACACCUCCAGGGAAAAGUCUACCCAGCGGGAUGAAGCAAGUUACCACCGGAAUAAAUCUUUUUCCCCUAAUAAUUGCUUGGAAUAUUGGAAAACUGCAAGCGGGAAAAAUGCAACUAACUUCUGUUGCAUUAUAUAUAUUUUUAGACUCUGGGAAAGGCUUGGUAUAUAAAGUUGUGCUUUCCCUGCUUUUUGUUUCAAUAAAGCAAACUUUUCGAAGACCUUAAGGUAUGUCCAGGUUUUUCACAUUUAUUGUGCUUUUGUUCAGUCCAGUGCUAAACCAGAAUAAGGAGGAGCUUGGGGACGCGGUGGCUCAGAUGCUGAGCUUGUCGAUCAGAAAGGUCAGCGGUUCGAAUCCCUAGCGCCACU